AUGGCAACUCAUCAAUUAAUCCUCUUCGUCCUAAUAGUUACGCUAUGUCUUGUUGUACCCUCCAUAUUGUUAGUACUCUGUAUAGUAUUUCGUUUUCGCGCGGAAGGCAUUCACCGGCAACAUCGACAAACCGCCGGCGAAUCAGCGGCGGAAGCCGGCACCGGCGGCGGUCUUGAUGAGUUUACGAUUCAGUCAUACACAAAAAUAGUUAUUGGUGAAAGCCGGCGACUUCUUCCGGCUUGUAAGAACGAAUCAAGUUGCCCUAUAUGUUUGGCUGAGUACUUAGCAGGAGAAAUAGCAAAGUGUAUGCCUGAAUGCCAACAUUGCUUCCAUCUUGAUUGUGUUGAUAAGUGGUUGAAGAUGAAUACUACUUGCCCUGUUUGCCGAAAGUCUCUCCUCUUCUCCAAAAUGCAUAAUGAUAACCUCGUCCCCAAUUUGUAG